UCCUCAAAUUAUUAGAAACUCAAGUUGCCUUCUCAAAGUUCAUGCCCACAUUUUAUAUAAGCAUACAACUCCAACCGUCCAACGCACAGAGAGAUCGGUUCCAUAACUUUCCAGAUACUUCUCUGUUUCCGCCCGUUUGGACUUUGGACUUUUGCUUCGUUUCACCUUCUUCUCCGCCCUGUGUUUUCUGAAUUCGUCGUUUUUCAGAACAAUUUUCAGAAACUGGUAUUUUGUUUUCCGGGGAGAUUUUCUGCAACCGCUCUGCACGGAAAAAAACAGAGCAGGCGUGUAAUUACAUGGUGAUCGUGAGAAAAGGAGGAGAGGAGGACAAGAACAAGAGGAACGGUGGAAAUUACAGUAACAAGGGAAUGCGACUGGGGAAAUACGAGCUUGGAAAGACACUCGGGGAGGGUAAUUUCGGGAAAGUCAAAUUUGCUAAGAACGUCGAGUCCGGCCAGUCCUUUGCUGUUAAGAUUCUGGAGAAGAACAAAAUUAUUGACCUCAAAAUAACCGACCAGAUAAAGAAUGAGAUUGGAACAUUGAAGUUACUCAAGCAUCCCAACGUUGUCAGAUUACAUGAGGUUGUAGCUAGCAAAACCAAGAUUUACAUGGUCCUAGAAUAUGUUACCGGCGGCGAAUUGUUUGACAAAAUUGUACACCAUGGAAAACUUACAGAAACCGAAGGCAGGAAGCUUUUCCAACAAUUAAUCGACGGUGUGAGCUACUGUCACAACAAAGGCGUCUUCCAUCGGGAUCUUAAGCUUGAAAAUGUUCUUGUUGAUGCCAAGGGGAAUAUAAAGAUAUCGGACUUUGGCCUCAGUGCUUUGCCCCAACAUUUUCGGGAAGACGGUUUGCUUCAUACAACCUGUGGAAGCCCCAACUAUGUUGCUCCCGAGGUUCUUGCUAACAAAGGUUAUGAUGGUGCCACCUCCGAUAUAUGGUCAUGUGGUGUCAUCUUAUACGUCAUUCUCACCGGAUUUCUCCCUUUUGAUGACAGAAAUCUUGCAGUUCUCUAUCAGAAGAUCAUUAAGGGGGAAGCUUUGAUACCGAAAUGGUUGUCACCUGGUGCAAAAAACUUGAUCAAGAGGAUUUUCGAUCCCAACCCUGCUACCAGAAUAACAAUGACCGGCAUCAAGUCAGACGAAUGGUUCAAGCAGGAUUACUCUCCUGUAAACCCUGAUGAAGAAGAAGAUGUAAACAUCGAUGAUGAAGCUUUCUCAAUACAUGAAGUGCCAUCUGAGGGGGAGAAGAGUCCAGACGCCCGGCAUGCGCACACCCAUAUCAAUGCCUUUCAGUUAAUCGGAAUGUCCUCGAGUCUAGACCUCUCCGGCUUCUUUGAGAAAGAGGAUGUGUCCGAGAGGAAGAUCAGAUUUGCAUCCAACCACUGUGCAAAAGAUUUGCUCAAGAAAAUCGAAGAAAUCGUAAUGGAGAUGGGAUAUUGUGUCCAGAAGAAAAAUGGAAGGUUAAAAGUGAUGCAAGAACACAAAGGGGUGAGAAGCCUGGGCAGUCUAUCAGCUGCAGCAGAGGUGUUUGAGAUAAGCCCAUCUUUAUUUGUAGUAGAGUUGAGAAAAUCAUAUGGUGAUUCUUCUGCAUAUAGACAGUUGUGUAAAAAGCUAUCAAACGAUUUAGGUGUUCCCUCAACCCAAGAGUUGCUGACCAGCUAGUGUGAUUAGAAAUGCAUAUAGAGUGUGUGUGUGUGUGCAUCCAUAUAUUACAAUUUUAUGUAAAUAUUCAGUUUUGGAUGCAAGACUCGAGUAAAUGCGAAAUAUGAUUCAGAUUGCGAGAAAAACAUCCUUGUGUAGUUUAGCCCUGAGCACCGGCAGAUUGUUUCCGAUGUCCUGAGCCCUUCAUCUCGGGUUAAAAAAUGCUGUAGUAAAACAUAGUAACUUGGUGAACAAGAGAGUGCCUGCUGUCUUCAACCAGAUGCUAGAAAAUACAUUGCUGCAAUGCUGCUGCCAAUAUUUUUACCAUGUA